AUGGUUCGCAAAAAUACUGGAAGCUCGCUGUCUUCAAGCCUCGUUCUGGUUCUGGUUCUGUUCGUCCGGAGCGACGCAGCUCUCCCUCGUCAGCUCGGGACGACGCCACCAGCGGCAGCGGAUGUGGUGGUGGUGGGGAAGGAAGAGGAUGCUAAGAGUGACUAUAGGGAGAUGAAGAACUUGCCACCUUUUCCCUUUUCCUUCCCGGACAUGCCAUUUACGCCACCGCUUCAGCUGCCACCGUUGACGUUUACGCCGCCCUUUGGAGUUCCGAGCGGUCCUCCGUUUGCCGGUUUUCCCUUACCUCCUUUCCCAUUUCCUCCCAUCCCUUUCCUCUCAUCCCUUUCCUCUCUCCUCCUCCUCUCUAAAAACCCUAGUGUAUGA